UGAAAAUGAAGCGCUCCCUGUGGAUCUGUGUGCUGAUCGGCUCCGCUCUCAUCGGACUGGGAUCAGCCAUUCGUUGUUACAGCUGUAAAGAUUACACCGGCAGCUGCGCCAAACAACGAGACUGUAGCUAUGACGAUGCCUGCCUGACCCUCAGCGAGAGAAGUGGGAUGACUUACCGUCAGUGUCUCAAGUAUUCAGACUGUGACUACAGUCGUUUGGGCCAGAUGUUUCCUCAGGUUUCCAGUUUCACAUUCAAGUGCUGCAACUCGGACCUGUGUAACUCCGCCCCCUCCUCUGCAGCGAGCUCUCUGAUUGGUCUGCUAGCCUCUGUGGGCAUCAUGUGGUGGUGCAUCUACUGA